AUUCCAACAACCACUUCUCCUUCUGGCCAUCAACACAAUCACUUUAGCGAAGAUGACAUUACCAUUCACACCAACACGACCUCUACCGAUCAGUGAUGAUAGUACAUCAGUUCAAAUCUCAUUCCCUCUUAUCAAAUCAGAUGAUGGAUCUGUUGAACAUUGUGGACCGGUGGCCGUUUUGACAUUGUGUUCGCCGCAAAAGUUGAAUGCUGUCACUAUGGAAGACAUGCAAAGCCUGUGGACAUAUAUGGAAUGGAUUGAUGAACAACCUCAAAUAUCUAUUACCGUUUUGACAGGUAAAGGAAGAUUCUUUUCUGCUGGUGCUGAUGUUGCUGAUCCAGCAAGGGCAAAAGGAAUACCGGAAGAAAUAAAGACGUUACCCAAAGACCAUAUCAAACACAUCAUUGGUACGCGAACAUGGACGCAAGGAAGAGUAUAUUCAAGUAACGGAAUGGCGAUGAGAAUGAUGUAUAAUCAUUCAAAAUUACUCGUUGCAGCGAUGAAUGGUCCGGUGGUAGGAAUAAUGGCAGCCGUUGUGGCUUUAUGUGAUUUGAUUUAUACAUAUGAUAACUUUUACCUUUUGACACCUUUUAGUCAAAUUGCAUUAGUUGCAGAAGCUGGUUCGAGUGUCAGUUUCCCCAAAAAGAUGGGUUUGGGAAAAGCACAACAAGCUUUAAUCGAAGGAAAAAAGAUGUCUGCAAAAGAAUUGGAAGAAGCAGGUUUCAUCAGCCGAAUUUUCCCCUCCCGUCCAACGCCUUCUGAUGCGGAUAAGAAAACAUACACAGCACCGAUCUUACAAGACGUUUUACAUCAUAUAGGCGAUCGAUUAUUACCUCCAAACGUGGACAUGUAUGCAGUUUUGAACACGAAGAGAAUCAUACGUGAAACGGCCUAUAUGAACAAAAAUAUUUAUGAAGCCGGAAUGGAGGAAUUACUUGGAGCAGAAGCUGUUUUUCGAGCAGGAAGACCACAAGAAAAGUUUGAAAGAUUGGCCAAAGGUGGACGUCAUAAGUUGUAAGAAGGGUGUGCAGUGCAUCUCUUAUCUCCGCAUGCUUUUGUGGAUCCAUCCGUGUCUCUUUCGGCCAAGAUCUUUUUUCUGAGUUGACGCUAAAUUGGCGUUCCUACUUUUGUUCUGACGUACAUUCUCUCACGUAAAAAAGAAAAAUGUCUUUUUUAAUUCACUGCAUGAUGAAAUGAAAAGGGCGGGCGUGUUACUGGAUUGCGUGCGAAGCGGUGCGGAUAAGUGGGGGACACGGCGCCUAGAAGCAUGCGGUUAUUCCGAUCUUCACUUUUGAGGCUUUAAACCUUAGUUUAUACCCG